AUGACUUCUCACUGCCACAUCACACAUCAUUGCCACCAUUAUUCCCCGGGUAGUGGUAGAGGCGGAGAGAAACGCAGCAAAAAGCCAUGUGGGUGCAAUAAUCAAAUAAAUAAUCGACAKCAUCACUCUCACCAUCAUAGGCACCGGCAUCACCGCUAUCGUUACUUGCAAUCGGAAUAUCAUCAACAGGAUAAACCCCUCCGCCAACUUCCAGGUUAUAACAGUAAGUCUUCCUUUGAUUCCAGUGAUGAUCUACAACAAUCUGGCCUUGAAAAUCAGCAAGGACGCUUGCAAGAGAUUGCAAUUGAAAUUGAUGCAGCCACAUUGACUGAAGAUAACACAAGCACUGCCACCUCAAAUUUUGCAUAUAAAAUGGCGAAGUCUAACAUAGCGCCUAUAAUAAUGGCACCAAUACACGAUAACGAUGAGGAUGACAAGAAACAACGGAGAAAAUAUCAUGGUCAUCGAAGUGAUUCCAUGAACUCAAGCAGCACAGGGGAAACUGAUGAAUUGUCUCAUAGAAUUUCCGGUGUGAAACGUAAGAAAACAGAUUGUGAUAGCACUCCAAUUUGGACUGAAUCUAAUCCCGAUAGACAUGAACCCACUAUUACACCACACUUAUCAUGCUGUAAGGACUUUCAGUGUCGGGCCAAGAGCAGAGAGGCCAACAAACUCGAUGCGGCACAUAACGAAUGUGUUAGAAUUCAGCGCAAACAAUUCAAGGCGAGUGGAGCAGAUGAAUGUUGUAGCACUUGUUCACAUUGUUCAGAAUGUUCCUGCCAGAAUGCGGAUGCCACUAGUUGCAGUAGUUUUGAUGAAUUGGAUGCAGACGACCAUGAUGAGGAACGACGGGUCGCACCCCAUGAACUAGUGGUCUCAGCAGAAUGUCAUCGCUGCAAUUUUCACCAAGCAUCUACAACGUCAACUGGAGAUGAGGCAGAAGAGGAAGACGGUGGUGCAGAAGAUAGACUGACGGCAAAAAUUACCAAGUAUACGGAACGAUCCAUUCAGGAUAACCAUGCUACGGACAGUUCUGCGCAUACGAGUCGAAGAAGCAGUGCGAGUUAUUGCUCCUGUCAUUCGAGUAAUUGUUAUUGUUGUGAAUGUAAUUGCGCAGAUGUUGUUGAGGACGACGGCGACUCGACAACUGGUCAGAUGCUUACAGCGAGGGACCAUGCCUGCACGGCCUUAACAUCGACUACCGAAUUUGAUGCAGAACACUCAAGUACACUGACACCAUUAACAAAUGCUUCAUCUGCCGUGUCAACGCCUGGUGCGGAAGACGCUGAUGUCACCCUACGCAGUUUGACCAAUACUUUAGCCGAGGAAAUUUGCUCCUCUCCGAGCCAAUCUGCAGAGUAUUUCUCACUCUCUUCCAACAAUCAGCAAAGUCAUUUUUCUCCUACAGAAACUCCUACUCAUAGAGCAAUAAAGACACCAACUGAAAUCCGCACAGCCGAAAAUUUAUCUAAAUGUAAUUUAGAAAAAUCGGUUGAUUCAGGAGAGCUUGGGACGGAACUACAACAUCGAAAGGGUACAAGACAUGGAAGCAAUGAUAGUUCCUCGGCCACGUUGACCCCAUCAAUUACAACAAUUAUCAAAUACCCACCUAUGAACAGUGCAGCUGGUAGUUCUACAGCAUCGGCCACACCACAGCAGAUAUCACUACAAUCGUUGAACGCUGUCUCAACUGUCACGGCCAUUUGUGGCAGUAACGGCGCCUCUGUGGUAACUACCGCAUCAGCACCCAGUAGUGGUCGAGUGAAACGCACUUCCAAAUUUUCACCAGCUUCAACUGAAGCUUUCAAUUGCGACCCUAUACUCUUUGGUCAGGAACGCCGAUCAACCGAAAUUAUCUUAUAGCCAUUUGGCAAUAAUGGGGGUUACAAACCAAGAACUAAUGCCUAGAGUGCCAUACUUAUCUGAAAUUUCGCGGUCUGAAAAGAUCAUGUCUCGGCUGACUCUAUUUAAAUACGACCAUGUUAUACAUCUCGUAGUUUAAYAAUGGUUAUCUAUUAGUUUCCUUUUGCAAGCUUGCUAGUCACUGUCUUGAAGUAUUUAAUUGGGCUAAUCACUUUGUUGUUCAAACACAUGUAUAUGAUUAUCAUAAUAAAC